AUGAGGGGUCUGGCCAAGGCAGUCUGCAAGGCCACCACUGAGGAGCUGCUUGGACCCAAGAAGAAGCACCUUGACUACCUGCUGCACUGCACCUUCGAGCCCAACGUGUCGAUCCCGCAGCUGGCCAACCUGCUGAUCGAGCGGACGCAGAACUCGUCCUGGGUGGUCGUCUUCAAGUCGCUCAUCACCGUGCACCACCUCAUGUGCUACGGGAACGAGCGAUUCACACAAUUCCUGGCAUCAAGCAACUGCAACUUCCAGCUGGGCAAUUUUCUCGACAAAACUGGCGGCUAUGACAUGUCCACCUACAUCCGACGCUACGCGAAAUACCUGAACGAGAAGGCCAUGAGCUACCGCGCGGUGGCCUUCGACUUCUGCAAAGUGAAGCGCGGGAAGGAGGAGGGGACGCUGCGCAGCAUGACGGCCGAGAAGCUGCUGAAGACGCUGCCCGUACUGCAGAACCAGGUGGACUCGCUGCUGGAGUUCGAUUGCUCGCCCAACGAGCUGACCAACGGCGUCAUGAACACCGCCUUCAUGUUCCUCUUCCGCGACCUCAUCCGCCUGUUCGCCUGCUACAACGACGGCAUCAUCAACCUGCUGGGUAGGAGGGGCGUCGACCGGCGGGAGGAAGCGCGGCGCGGCGGCUGGGCGGUGGGCGCCGGCAAGCGCAUUGGCGUGGACAAGGGCGAGAUCCCGGACCUGGCGCGCGCGCCCAGCAGCCUGCUGGACGCGCUGGAGCAGCACCUGGCCCACCUGGAGGGCAAGAAGGCCGGCACGGCCAACACCAGCAGGAUCAACAUCUCGUCGGCGGUGACGACGCUGACGUCGACGAGCACCGCUUUCGACAGCCCGGCCGGCCGCGCCUCCGACGACCUGCUGCAGCUCACCGGGUCUGGUGCUAACAAUUUCAACAUCUUCGACUCGUCCCCUGCCACUGGGUUCGCCAACUUCGAGCUGAUCCAGCCUGCACCUGGAUACAAAGGACCGGACGUGUUCGGAGACAUCCUGCAGCCGCCCAAGCUCAUUAGCAGCGACCUGGACAUGAGUCUGCAGAGCCUGGUGCAGAACCUAGGCAUCUCAGGCAGCGGCGCGGCGCAUGCGCAGAAGCCCAGCUGGGGCUCGCCGGUGAAGAACACGGCCAGGACGGGCGGCCACAACUGGACGGUGCCGGCGGCCUCGGGGCUGACAGGCGGCUCGCCACGACCCAUGCUAUGA